CUUCCAUCGCCACAUCUCACUUGGAGGGCUUGGAAUUCAACUAAUGCGAACAUACUGCCAUAUCACUCACUGGCUUGCAAAGGGGAUGAUCCAUUUUGGAAUCACAUUUCCACUUUUUGCAUUCAGAGCUUGCGCAUCUGGUUUACUCGGUUGCCGGGCGGGGACCCCUACCUUCAACAGAGCAGCAAUUCACACCGUCAUUAGGCAACAUAUACUAGGAAAUACCUCAUUGAUCGACUUUAUAGAUCUGGGAGGUUGGCAGAGUGUGGCAUACAGCACCGGAAGCGACUAUCGCAAGGCUCUAAACGCAAUUUUACAUAGCUCGCGUACAUUAGUGGUCUUUUAAGGGUCAUAGCAUUACCUAGGUUGUGCCCAUACUUAGAUUGUCGCAUCAAAAAUAUCAUGGAGAAUCAACUGUAUUGGUUGGUCUAGAACGUCAUAGACAUCGAUCAUCACGGCUUUGCACGGAUUCAUGUAUUGUAAAAUUUAGUAUGAAAAUGAUGUUCAUUGACUGUCAGGUUUCGUAGUAACAAAGGGGG